GUGAGUUUUAUAAAUAUUCCAAAAGGCGAUAAAAAUCCGAUGCUAGCUCCAACUCUCUUCAGGAUCAAGGAUAGUGAAUUGUGAGCGAUCUGCUCUGCCUUUUCAUGCUCGGACUGUGAUUACGCCAGCAGCAACGCAUCAGACAGGAAGCUGUCGCUGAGACGCAGAGCAGAAGUAGAGGCAGAGGCAGUGACGCCAUUUUCUGUGCGAAUAAAGAGCAGGUGGGGCCGCACCACACCACAACACACCACAGAGACACACACGAGCUGUGCUGGCUCGUGACCAACUGCAGCGUUUGAGAUUAGAGCACGCUCGAGUGGAGAGGAGGGGAGAGGCAUGAGUAGCCUAAUCAACUUCCUCAACCCCAAACUCAAGCCUUCCGUGGAAUGCGAGGCCGUGUGCGAGGACGGCUACACGGCGGACAACCUGAUAGCUAACGAUGGGGAGCAGCUGGAGCGCGGCUUUAUGUGCUUCGCCGUCUGCAAGCCGCCAGUCGAGAUCGUCUUUGACUUACCCAAAGCCAUCGACAUGAAGGUUAUUAAGCUGUGGCACACCUCCGGAGCCUUCCGGUCCACGGCCUUCGAGGUUCACAGCAAGUACGACGGCAUCUGGGAGCGUGUGGCGAACGUUCGCGACCUGGCUAAGGGUGUUGACUCGGUCACCUUCUGUUACCAGAGUGAUUACAAUUCCCGCAGCAGUGCGGCCGCCGCCCAGCAGCAGAGCGAGAAGGUGUUCUUCUUUAAGACGGCUCACAAAUUACUGGCCAACACAAACAGCGUGAAGAUCGUGAUCCGCGCCACGGAGCGCUGUCCCCCGGUGCUCCGCAAGAUUCAGAUCUGGGGCCUGCCUGCUCGCUCCCUGGACAAGGGCGACCGCGAGCUGAUGAAGACCAUCUGGAGCGAGAUUAGCGAUCCGUUCGGGCAGCGGGACCAGGCUCAGCACCCAGCCGGACAGAGGUCCCCCUCUCGCCACAUACCUGAGCUGCGCGAGCAGUCCACGUUGUCGUUACCCGAAGAGUUCCUCGACUCCAUCACCUGGGAGCUAAUGAUCUUUCCCACUGUGCUGCCCUCCGGCAAGGUGGUGGACCAGUCCACCAUCGACAAGCACGCCGUGGAGGAGGGAAAGUGGGGUCGCCAGCCCUCAGAUCCCUUUACAGGUCUCGAAUAUACCUCACAGCGCAAGGCAGUAAUGAACCUCGCCCUCAAGGCGCGCAUCGAAAAGUUCCUAAUGGAGAACUCGGAGCACUUUAAGACGGUGCCCCGAUCGCUAGGCAGCUCCCGAAUGCGCCGCCGUCACGCCUCCCAGUUCGCCAGCAGCAUGUGCCAGCCGGGGCAAGGUAGCUUCGCCGCCGGGACCUACUCCUCGCUAUCUAACGCGUACAAGCACCAGCAGCGCAAGACGAAGUCCACCGUCACUUUCACGGCCACCUCCUCAUCGGCGGCCUUCCUAGGCCAGUCCCCCGCCUCGCCGCCGGCUGCGAAGCGGGCCAGACACAGCCACCACUCAGCGUGUGCCACUGUCACGGCCAGCAGCGUUCACCAGUCGCUUGCAGCCGCAUCUACCUCGACGACAGGUCCGUCUUCCAUCGACCAGGCCCUCCAGCAAGCUCUCCAGAAGAUCACCCGCUUCACCCAGGUAGGAUCCGUUGCCGGAUCGGGAACCCCACCCCGCUGCAUCAACUGCCGCAGCAGUCAGUUCGGCUACGAGAUACGCACCUGCCAGCAUCUGGUCUGUCGCGAGUGCCUAGUCCUGCUGUCGUCGACCCAGCAGUGCGUGUGCAAGGUCAGCUUCCGGGGAGCGGACGUCGAGCGCUACCACAAGCUGCCAUAGUACCGUAGUGGAUGGACAUUGACUUGGACCCCUUUUCGUAGUCGUACCGUAGUUUAAUGCUUCGAUCUAGGUUCGUUUGUAAGUGCUUUUGUUGCCAAUCCAGGAACUCCGACCUGCAGCUGCAACCUGCAACCUGCGACCGUUUCUCCGACCUGUAAUUGCAAUAAUUUCCUUUUUGGCAAUCGUUACAAUAUGCUCUCCGGCCGUCUGCCCAUCAUUGUUCAGUUGUAAGUGAAUCGCUUUAGCCCCAUGGCCUCAACCUACGAUUAGUUAUAAUCAUAUCAGAGUCGAUUUUGGGAGGGGUGGUGAGAGCGGAGUGGAGUGGAGAUUCAGAUUCAAGCCAAAAUGUGUACACUCAAGUUGGUGCGGCAUCCACCACCACGGAUCGAUCGGGCGUUCCCAAUUUCAGUAUGUAUCAGUAUCAGGUCACUUUUAGUCAUAGAACAGAUUAGCAUAUAGAGCGCGCAUAGUUUUUGUAGACCAUUUAUACAAUCCCUAAAAAGACAGGAUAUUCAGCGCGUGGUUUAUAUAUUCAUACCAACUAUAUAGAAUAAAAAACAAUAAAAACUAAA